UACGUCACCAAAAUGGCUGCCGAUGGUGGAACGUAGCGAGAGAAAAGUGGGCUAGGACGUUUCUCUCAAUUUUUGUCUUGUUUUGGACCUUUCAAACCACGUGGCUGCCCUAGUGCCCCGUAAACAUGGACUCGGGCACAUAGCAGAGGAAACGGGCCCGCUUUGGAGGGGUUUUGAUGCAACCAAAAUCCGGAAUCAACGCGAGAUUUUGCCGAUCGAUCUGCGAGGGCCAGCCUUGUUUUGCCUAAAAAAUUCUAGAAAGCAGAGAGACAACUGGAACAACAACGACGGAAGAAGUCAGAUUAAAGGCGAUAACAAAGGUAUGUCAGGAUGAACCAGGAGCGGAACAUCAACAACAACCAGAACCACCUGGGGAACGUGCGAGACCGGCUGUUCCAUGCCCUGUUCUUCAAGGUCGCGAUUACCUACGCUCGAGCCUUCCCCAAACCUGUCAGGAGGGUCUUUGAGUUCCUCGUGCUGCUGAAGGCCCUGGUGGUCCUGUUCAUCCUGGUGUACAUACACAUCGCAUUCUCCCGGACCCCGAUCACGUGUCUGGACCAUGUGCAGAAGGAAUGGCCGCGGGACGGGAUCCUGCGGGUCGAGAUCCAGCGUAACUCCACCCGACCCCCGCUGUUCCUGUAUGACUAUGAGUCAGAGUCAGGGAUACCCGGGAUGGAGGUGCCCUUCCCUAAUGCCACCAUACAGGGCCUGAAUGAGAAUUUUGAGAACCUGUCCAUGAGUGCAGUAGAGUUCCUGCGGGGAGACGACAGUCCCGUGCCACAGAAGGGACUACAGAAGGUCCGCGAAACUGUCUCCGAGUUCGACAUGUUCAAGGAAGCAGUAUGGCCUAGUGACGAGUAUAUCGUGGAAUACUCCCUGGAGUACGGAUUCCUCCGGCUGUCUCCUCAGACCAGACAGAGACUCAACAUCCCCAUCAUGGUCGUCACACUGGACCCGACGAAGGACGAGUGUUUUGGCGACUCGUUCAGCCGGUUCCUGCUGGAGGAGUUCCUGGGCUAUGACGACAUCCUGAUGUCCAGCAUCAAGGGGCUGGCUGAGCACGAGGACAACAAAGGGCUUUAUUUCUUCCAUGCAGGUUACCUGCGGAACGUAGUGUCAGGGGAACACUACCGCUUUGUCAGCAUGUGGAUGGCUCGCACAUCCUACAUCGCCGCUGCUUUCGUCAUGUUCAUGUUUACCAUUUCUGUGUCCAUGCUGCUGAGAUAUUCCCAUCAUCAAAUCUUUGUCUUCAUCGUGGACCUGCUGCAGAUGCUGGAGAUGAACGUGACCAUCGCCUUCCCAGCAGCCCCUCUGCUCACCGUCAUCCUGGCUCUCGUCGGAAUGGAAGCGAUCAUGUCUGAGUUCUUUAACGACACGACAACAGCGUUCUACAUCAUCCUGAUGGUGUGGGUGGCAGAUCAGUACGAUGCCAUCUGCUGUCACACCAACAUCAGCAAACGCCACUGGCUCAGGUUCUUCUACCUGUACCAUUUUGCCUUCUAUGCGUACCAUUAUCGCUUCAACGGUCAGUACAGCGGCCUGGCACUGGUCACAUCAUGGCUCUUCAUCCAGCAUUCGAUGAUCUACUUCUUCCACCACUACGAGCUGCCUGUGAUCCUGCAGCAGGCUCGGAUCCACACCAUGCUGCUCAACAACCACAACGCCAUCAACGUCAACAACCCCGUCAACAUAAACAACAACAACACCGGCGGCCACAACAACCCCAACAACGCCACCGCCGCCUCGCAGCCCAACAACAACCAGCAACCAACACCCGGAGCGCCCAACGGCCAGCCCGGGGGCGUCGGCAUGGCAACGGACAGCAACAUCUCGGGCGGGGAGGACGAGGAGGAGUGGGAGGACAUCGAUGGUAGCCAUGGCAACGACACCAGCAACAUCACGGAGGUUCUGGACACGCUGGUGGAGAUGGACCUUCUGUCGGAGGACGACCUCCCGCCGCGCGUUCCGCGCAGGGUCGCACCCGCCGUUCCCACGGAUACAGACAACAGAGAAGGAGGAGGGGAGAACGUUGCCAUGGAAACAGUUGCUACGGGAACGGUUUCCACGGAGACGGUUGUUGCAGCAGCGAGCGACGAAGGCAAUAGCAAUGCUGGGGUGGAAACGGACACCGAAAAAGGACCGAUAGCGUCCGCGAGUGACUCUGGGGCGGGCAGAAAAGGUGGUGUGGACGCCCCAAGCACAGAAGUGCAGUCUUCCUGCCAGGACUCAAACAAACAGAGAAGUGAAAAUGCAAGCCCGAGAUCGGGCCGCGUUAAAGGACUGGAUGAUUCCGCGAGCGGCAGCGCGGUGGAGAAAGUCAGUCCCAGAAUAGCGGGGGCAUCCGGCGUGAGCGAUUCUAUAGCGUUCUUUGCGAGUGGGGAGGGGGGUGAUUCAAGUCAUAACAAUGGGACAGACUAAGGCAAGUGCCAUGCAGGCAGGGGGAGGUUGGUUGCGUUGGCAAGGCUCAAAAUUCUUGGUCUCUUUUUCCUGAAACACUGCAAGUUGUCGGGAUUUUAGCCUGCGAUUCGGGAGAAUUUUCUGCAAGUACUCAAGCUGCUGGCCCUGCCUUAAGUACAGCGUUUUCAGACAGAUGAAGCCUUUACUAUCUUCCUGCAUAAUAGCUACAUACUAGCAACCCAGGCUUCUGUAUGCUCCAGCAUAGCAAGAUUAUUGUGCAUAAUCAGGACUGCAAAAUAGCAAAAGUUGUUCACAUUUCUACCUGCAAUAUGAAAAUUGUUUUCCACAAAUUUCAGGUUACGGGUUGGAACUUGGAGCCCUGGUUAGUGAUGACAAUUUGGCCAUACCAUUUUGACUUUCAGGUUCUCAGAAUUGGGAUUGACUGUUCAAAAGCUUACUUUUUCUGCCUCCCCCCCCACACACACACAGACACUCCCACACAAAUCCUGAUAUCUAGUUGCAUGUUGCUUCAGCUAAGGUGCUAAUUUGUUUACAGUUUUCUUUUUUCUUCUUUUACAAAAUGUCCCCAACCAUAUAGUGACUUUCACUAACUCAACUAACCUCCUUGGUCCUGAAUAUUGUCUGCAUUAGAUAGGCUAGGAGACACUGUAGCUUUUGGUCUUUGAGGGUUAUGGUAUAAAAUAUUUCUACUCUGUGCUUUAAGGAAAAAGGUCAUUUGAUGCCAUUGACCUUUGACAUGACCCCUGCACCAGCAAGCUGUGGAACAAGAAGGUCUGUGACCUUUCACCUUUGUUUUAGAACUAAUAAGGUCAAACUAUUUUGAUGACCUUGAGGCCACAGCUGUGUAUGUAUAUUAAGUGCAAGACAAUAUAAAAUUUAUUCAGAAACCUGUCAAUGAUUUCAGUCAGGUCUUGUACAUGUAGUAGAAUAUACAGGAAAAAAAAUUCAAUUGGGGUGUCGCCAAAAAGGGGUGAUGGGAGAAACUGGUGGAAAGAAUUGUGGGGCUUGUUUUGGGACAAACUUGGGGAAUCUAAAGGAACAAGAAGUGGUCUACUGUCCAGAGGCUUGCAAAACUGGUAGCUUUUUUAGAGUGACGCCAUGUACAUGUAUGUCAGUCCUGUACAUUCACAAUGUAACUUGUGUACAGAAAUGUGUAGGAUAUCUUGUUUGGCCGCACCAAUUUUGUUUCUUGGUUCUUAGAUUAAGAAAAUAGUGAAGAACUUAAAGAUUAACAUGAACUGGAGUCUUAGGGGGAAAUCCUUUAUCUCGGUACACACAGCUUCAGGGAGUGGAUAUAGUCAGAUUCAAGUUUUCCUACUAGCCUUGAGUUCUCAUCUUGACCUAUAUUGGUGAUGAAUUUUUACUUUUAACUUUUGAAAGAGCCAAGGAAGAAAAUUGAUGUGGCCUUGUUUUAAGGCCUGUGAAUCAAUAACAACUGUAAGUAAAAUGUUGUAAUAUCUGCCUUUCAAAGAGUCUAAUCCAGAAAACUUCGAUGUACACUUUGGAACAUGACUUAGAGUUGAGCAAAAUUAUUUUUUAGUUCUGGCUUAUCUGGAGAAAUGACCACCUAUAAACAGAAUACACUUACAGUCAGAACUGCUCAAGAAGACCACUCAGUGUACUAAUAAUAUAUUGACAGGUGGUUACUAUAGAUUAUGUGGGAUUCUUAAUGCUUGUGUCAAUGGGGAAAAAUUUACCUGUAUCUAUCAAACAGUGACUACCAAAAGGUGGUCACAUUGGCCAGGUGGUCCUAAUGCAGAGGUGGUCACUUGUACAUGUUUUACUAUAGUUAUAAACAUAUAGGCAGUGAUUCUCAUUGCUGCUUCACAAACUGUAGUGAGGGUUUGGUAAGUUGGAUAAUCGGAAACAACAUUUUUAAGGCCUUUUUUUUAAAGAACAAGGUACUACUUGCUAACAUUACAGAACGGGUCCACAUUACGUAUAGUUAGAAACAUGGGGAAUGCUUUAUAUACACAGCCAUAGUAGUAACUAAUGUGUUACAGACAUGCCAUAACCACACUCCCAGUACACACAAUCCUCUUAUGGUAAAAACACAGUAUUUUGUAAACAAGAAACAAUUUCUAUCAAGAAAGGCACAGAGUUAGGUUUAAGUAGUGAUUGUGUCUUUGAUAGAAAUACGUCGGGCCAAAUGCCAAUUAACAUUGGAAAGUCGCUAAAUCUUGUGUUCGAUAUGUAAAAUAAAGUUACACUGGUACCUCUGGGAGUGACUUCCAGAUGUGCUGAAAAUAUGCAGAAAAAUGUUAAAAUUAUGUAAAUCUUGUAUAAGUUGUGACAUGUUAUGUAUUUCUGGCCUUUGAAUAAUGGAGUAAAGAUA